CUGCUGAUUUUCUGCCAGCUCACUCCUCCCCACCUCCAGGGCCAGAGCCAUACUCACCGGCUUUUCUUCUGAUCCGCAUUCAGAACGUUCCAUUCUUCUCUGGCCUCCGAAUGAAGAGCUCGGCGUUUACACGAGGAUACACGCAUGGGGAAGCUCCGACCGCUUCUCCCGGCCUUCAAUUGUUCUUCUUGACGUGGUGCUUCUUCGACUCUGCAAGCAACGGAAACACAUCAGGACGCCGUUAUGAAUCUCAGUCGGAUGAAAUCCGGGUACAUUUGAGGGCACCGCUCUCGACUAGCAAUCGUUCGGUUCGUCAUCAUGACGGGUGGCGGCCGUUCUCGGCUGCUGUCGCUACCAAUCGAGCUUCUCGAGGCCAUCUUUACUCGCAUCGUUCACCCACCCGAUCUCGACAGCGUUGCACUUACCUGCUCUCGCCUCCGGCAGCUGAUACGCUGCGCGCCGCUUUCGCUCAGCGUCAACCUCGUCUCUCCUUCAAGGCCCAUCGGACCUAGUGAAUGGUUCAAUCUGCUGAAGCACUACUCAAAGGCGUUGCAUCACCAGUUUAUCCGUGGAGAUCCCUGUUCGCCUGGAGAACCGGCUGCUGGCGGCUCUGGGAUCGAGCUGCCCGGAAUUGAAGGAGCUGGUGAUCAUGGCACGGCUUCAUACUAAUCGACGGAAUGAUGGAAGUGUGGAGGACGUUUGCAAGAAAGUGCACGCAAUUGUCGUCGCUGGAUCUGGGCCCACCCACUUCCGCAGACACAUCUCUGGACGCCAGGGCAACCCUCCCCCCUCUGGACGCCUUUCGUUCUCUGCAGUCCCUCAUCCUCCGCUUCGUAUAUUGCCUCCCUUCGUCGCUGCCGCUCCCUCACCUCCCUCGCUCUCUGGAAACCCAAAGGUUUCACCAUCUUCUCCCUUGCCUCCUCCUCCUCCUUCCGCCUCUCCCUCCGCUCGCUCUGCAUUCCAUCUGCCAACCUACACGAUCGCCUUGAAUCCCUCUGGUCCUUCCCCCGCCUCGCCUCUCUGGCCUUGCUUUCAUGCAAGUUCCACGAACUCGAGCUGCUCACCCUCUCUCGCUCCCUGCACUCCCUCACACGCCUCAGCAUCGAGAACUGCCUUGGGGCCUGCAGCUGUUCAGUGGCAGCCAUGGUGCCGAGCCAACCCUUCCCUCUCCAACCUCUCCCUCACUGGCGACACCUAUCACCUCUUCCGUUCAGAGGGCGUUGCACCCGAUCUCCGCUUCCUCAGGCUGUCUCGCCUAUCCUCCUUCAGCCCUGGCGUGCUGGCAUGCUGCUUGGUAGAUUUUCUGACGAUUGAAGAAAGUGAGAUAUCCCUGGGAGGGCUUGCAUGCAUGCUGGUGCGGGUGCAGGACAGGGAAGAAGAUGUGGACGGAGAAGGGGAAGGCAUGGAACAGUCAGGCAGCACAAGGACAGCGGCCGGAGCCUUGGAGAGGAGCGGGUAUCAAAUGCCUGUGGAAUGGAUCUGGGCUGACCUUGAAGGGCUGAUGCUUAAGCAGUGUCGUUUGAUCCUUACUCCUGACUAUGUCUUUCUGCCCACAAGGCCUCCCCCUAUGCCGCCUCCUGCGCUCCGUGUUUACCCCAGUUGUUCCUAUUAGUAAUCCCCCAGGUCCAAGCAUCCCAUAUGUCCCAUUCGAGGUGGGGGCAUGUGUUGCUAUCUUUGGAAGGCUGAAGAGGCUCGUACUGAUGCAGUGCACUGGGCUCGACAAGCAGGAGCUGCUUGGACUGCUGCAUGCAUGCCCCAUGCUGGUGAGUGGAACUCGAUAUGGAGCAGGAUGAGGUCAUGUCAGACCGUGUGCUGCUUGGAAGCAGGCUGGAGAUGCUCAGGUAUCUCACUCUGGUGGUCUGCAGUGAAAUCUCUGCUGCUGGCAUUGCAUACCUGCCUCAGAUUUUUCCACAAUUGCGCCUACUGAAGGUGGAAGGGGAUAAGGUCUCUGAAGGGUGUUCUGAAGUGUUGCUCCGUGCUGGCGUGGAAGUGAGUAAGGUGUAGCUCGACAACCAGAGCAGCAGAUAUAGAGCUCGAGUGAUCCUUGUAUAGUCAGGUCAGAAUGGAUGUGCUUCUUCCGUUGCUUGCACCUUACUGAUUUUCGCCAAGGCAAAUCUUGGCCUGAAAUGUGUAUUCACGGAAAUGACAGG